AUGGCAUCAUCACAAUCACCCCAACAUUCCUAUUUCACAUCCAUAUAUAUACAGCCACAAAAACCCUUAUUUUGUAUAUCCUCACACACACACACACCCCCAAAAAGCAGCAGUAGCAGCAUGGAUUCACCCACAGCUCUUCUCUUUCUUCUUCUUCUUCCUCCUCUCCACUUUCUCCUCUGCAAUCUCCCCACCGUCGGAGCAGCACCGCCGGAGAAACUCUUUCGAGAAUACAUCGGAGCCGAGGGCAACAAUGUGACAUUCACGGAUGUCCCGAUCAGCCCCGCCGUUGACUUCCACUUCCUCCUCUCUUUCGCCAUCGACUACACGGACGGAUCCCACCCGACUCCCACCAACGGUGAUUUCCGAGUCUACUGGGAUACGGCCAACCUCAGCCCGUCUCAGGUGUCUGCGAUCAAGGCCAAGCAUGCAAAUGUCAGAGUAGGCAUGAGCCUUGGAGGUGACACCACAAACAGUAAACAACAAGUCUUCUUUCAUCCUACCUCAGUCAAUAGCUGGGUUGCAAAUGCCAUCCACUCCAUAACUGAUAUAGUCACAACUUACAAUUUGGAUGGAAUCGACAUCGAUUACGAGCACUUCGAUUCGGAUACCGAUACAUUCGCCGAGUGCAUCGGGAAACUUCUCUUCUACCUGAAACAGAAUAAGAUCAUCUCCUUCGCCUCCAUAGCACCGUAUGAAGAUAAGUCCGUCAAGCCGUACUAUCUAGCUCUGUGGAGAAAGUAUGGCAAUCUCAUAGACUACGUGAAUUUCCAGUUCUACGCCUAUCCAAAGGGUACCACUGUUUCUCAGUUUCUUAAGUACUUCGACGAGCAAAGCUCCAACUACAAGGGAGGCAAGGUUCUGGUCAGUUUUGGGACAGAUGGAAGCGGCGGGCUAUCCCCGAAAAACGGCUUCUUCGAGGCCUGCAGCACACUGAGCAAGCAGGGGAAGCUUCAUGGGAUUUUCAUUUGGUCUGCAGAUGACUCCAAGAAGGCUAAUUUCAAGUACGAGAAACAGUCACAAGACUUCUUAGCCACUCAGAAGUGAGGCCUAUUCGUAUUCUACUACUCACUUUUUACAGCACCAAAAAAAAAAAAAAAACAGUCACUCCUCUUUCUGAGGGGUUAUUUACUGUCACUGUAAUCCUGCCCCUUGUUUUAUUUUCUUAUUUUUUACUUGGCCUUGUGCCUCUUUGUAAGCCCAAAACUAGGUAGAAAGAUGUGAGAAGCCACUUGGAUUCUCCAUAUAUCCACUGCAUCGAGAAGAAGGGCUACAUUUUUCUCUAUCUAUGCAUAGCUACCUAUCAGUUAAUUCCUCAA